AUGUCCCCUUACCGAAUGAUUUAUGGUAAGGCUUGCCAUCUUCCAGUUGAAAUCCAGCACAAGGCUUAUUGGGCAGUCAAGAAGUGCAACUGGGACUUAGAGGCAGCUAGGGAGUUCAGACUUCUACAGCUUCAAGAGCUAGAAAAACUAAGCUUAGAAUGUUUUGAUAAUUCUUUGAUUUAUAUGAAAAGAGCGAAGGAUCUUUAUGACAAAAUGCUUGCACCCAAGGAGUUUCAGGUAGGGAAAAAGGUACUUCUUUAUAACUCUUGGUUGAAAUUUAUGCUUGGUAAACUCUGGUCCAAGUGGACUGGACCAUUUAGUGUUUCUCACGUUUAUCCUUAUGGUGCAGUAGAUAUUGUUAAUCUUGAGACAGGGAAGGCUAUUAAGGUCAACGUGCAUAGGUUGAAGGUCUUCCAUGAUGGCGAGUCAUUGGACUGCUUUGACAUCGCCUACUGGUUGGACUCACCGGUCUACAUCUGA